AUGUCUUCAGAGGACAUCGAGGACAGCCUUUUGCAGCCCUGGGCUCCUGCUGCGUUUUCUGCAGGCAAAAUGGACAUGGGGCAAGUGUUGCAUGGUUGCUGCGCAAUUCUUCGAUUGCGGAUGGGCAAGGAUUGGUGCAAGAAGGUUGCCCUUGUGAAUGCUUUGUGCGAGGAAAGGUUGCAGAGGCUUCUCUUCCACCCAACAGCAGGCCUGGUGUUGGGGAUUCUUUUCACUGAUCACCAUUGGGCUUUGUUGGCAUAUGUGAAAGGAAGCCAUAAAGCCUUGGUGUAUGACGGCCUGAAGGAUCAGAGGAUUCUAGACGCAGGGGUUGCCUUCAUGUUUCAUGUGGAGGCAGGGACGGCAACUGACACCUCCUUUGCCAACGUGCCACAACAAUGCGAUGAGUGGAGCUGUGGUCACAGAGUCAUCUUGCAUCUGAACUUCCUGCUAAAGCACAUGGCUGAAUGCAACAGACUUCCAGAGGAAGUCCCUCCUGGUCAAGUGAGCUGUGCGAAGAUCCAAGUUUUGAUUUCUUCCUACAAAACAGUUUGUGUAUACCAACGCAGUGCUGAUGCGCCUGGGACUGAAGAUGCGGCUGAGACUGAAGAUAUGCCUGUGACUGAAGAUUCGCUUCAGACUGAAGAUGACGCUGACAGUGACAGUUCUUGUUUCGCCCUCAGACCAGCCAAGUGCCUCAAGGUUUCAGCAUCGAAGAGCCCUGAUCGAAUGGACCUUCCUACCACACCAGUGGCCUCCAAGAAGUCUGUGCUCAAGAACCGGCUGGAUGUUCAGUGGACGCCAGAUUCAGUUGACCCAAUGCAACAGCCGAUGCCAAGCAAGAGAAGACGUGUCUCUGAUAGUAAAACUGACAAGGAACCUUCCACUCCACCAAGACAGAAAAGGGACAUGACCUGUACCAAAUCUUCCAUUGUGGCCCAAUUGCGUGAUGCUGGCAUUGAUCACAAUGUUGUUUUUCAGUCCGCCCAUGAGCGUGGAAAUAGGUUCAUGGAAAAGGGGCACUGGAACACGUUCACAAAGGCAGUUUGCACAGGAGAUGCCUUGGCAUGUCCAGUGUGUGCUGACUUGAGACUGAAGUUCGAAGAAGCAGGCAAGAGUGAGACGCUAGCUGUCUGCCAGCCAGCCAAGCCGAAGUGUAGCGCUGUGCCAAGAUCCACGCUUCCUUCAUCGAGAUCCAGGGGUCGGCCUAGCAAAGAGGAGGACCAAAAGUUUGAUCUGGUUUCGUACAUCCGAGAGCACAGAGCAAACGUUUACACCCCAAUCGAAAAUAAUGAGGCCAAGCCUGGCUACCCAUGGUGGUGCGUUCCUUGCCAGAAGACUGUGAACUUGCAGCGGCGUGGAAGCGCAUCUUAUUUGGAUCUGCAUGAAGGCCGCGGGUGCCACCUGAGAGCAUGUGCAAAGCUUGGCAUUUCUGUCAAUGGGAUCCGGGAUACCAGCUCUACGUGCAACGGGGUGAAGUUGACAGACUCAAUCCCAUGGCUUGGCAGGAUUCAAGAGAGCUUUGCAAAUUGGUAUGCAGCUGGGAUGCCAUGGGCAUGCACGGAGCACAUGAAGACCCUGGUUGGACAGAUUGGCGUCCGUCAGGAAGGCUUGCAGUUUGUCCUGAGGCAUGCCAGCUGUGCAGGAGGCAUUGCUGGCACAUAUGGAUGCAUAUGCUGUGCUGAAAUGCAGACAGAGGCAGUUGCAGCUGAGAUCUGUCGAUGGUCAUACAGGAUAGACCUUGCUGCAUAUGCAUCGAGUCUGGCUUAUGGACAUGAAACAGACAUUCGAAACAACACAGAGAUGAUCUUGCAACGAGACUAUCAGUGCUUGGGUCUUGCUGGCUCCGACUUCAAGACAUUGCUUGAGAUUGCGGACAAGACCAAGGUGAUUUUGAUGAUCCGCAAAAAGGUCGAAUCCAUCCCUGUUGGUCGCCGUAAUGAGUCCCUAAAGUCCUUCAUCCAGGUAAGGCUGAAGCAACUGGGAGAGCUGUCUGUUGGCAAUAUCGCGCAGGAGACUUUCGCACUUUUAGUGAACAAGUUCAAGGUUGCAGCAAAUGACAACCAGAAUCUGCGAGGCAACUUGGAAUUGGCGUCUAAAAUUGCUGCUGGUGCUCUCUCUGGCAAUGCUGUUGUGGAUGCACUUGUGAAGAGCUUUUGCCACAUGACCAACAUGGUGAAGCAGGGGAAAACCCGAGUUCGCACCUCUCGAUUUGUCUGUGGUGAGAUAGCUGCAGACCUUAUGUCCACUGUUGGCAGUGGAGGUCCCUUGGUGGCCAUGCUGAAGCUUUUGUCGGUUCCUUGUAGCGACCGCAAUUUCUUGAUCGUCCUCGAUGAGACCUACUAUCAUCCAACCCAAGACAUCAUUGUCAACUUGCGUGGGGAUUCAAAGCUGGCUGUGAUUGGUGGGUACUACCAUUCAGAGGAGGAUUGGUCGUAUUUGGCCUCUGACAGCCCUCGGAGGAAACAGCUGGAUGACACGAAGCUUUCCCGGUUGGUCAUGCAUUAUGUAGUGUCUAGAACAGACACUACCAAGCACACCUACUGCGUCUGCAUGGUGCCCCGGAAGCCGAAGGCGGGUGGAAAGUUGGAAGUUCUUGCAGAAUACGGCAAGAUCUUAGAAGCUGCUACUCAGUCCAAUGGGCAGACACCGCCUCUGGGUGGGGCAUGGGACAACGCAGGGUCAAACCUGUACAUCAACGAGGCUUUCCUGGGCAGAUUGGACCAGAAAACGUUGCGCAAAGCAGCAUUCUUCAAGGACUGCGAACUCAAGCUGAUCAUGUUGCCCUGCAUGCAGCUCUAUGGGGCCUUAUGA